AUGGCGAGCGCCGCCGAACGCAGCGCGCUCCUGUCUCCUCAGCCCGAGGCUUCGCGCAGAACGUCGCUCGAUGCUUCCCUCGAUGUCUCUCCCGUUGUGUCGCCCGGCGAUCCGGAGGGUCUGGGGGCCCGCCCAGUGCGGCGGAUUUUAGAGGCGAAUAGCGCCGCCAAACUUGCCAGCCUAUGGCUGCUGGGAGACCUCGCGGGCUUCCUCAGGGCGCUCUGGCUGCGUCAGCGCAGGCAGGCUGCCGAAGAAAAAGACGCGGCGCGGGGCGAGGGACAGGCCGGGCCUUCAACCGACUUGAUAGCUUCGCGGUCGUCGCCGGGCGGGUCUCCGGGUCACGCGUCGCAGAGAGCGGACCCGACGACUCCCGCCCGGCUGGCGCCGGGUCUUUCGUUCUCCCCCGCGGGCUCUUUCGCCUCGCUGGCGGAGGUGCGGAAGGAGGUGCGCGGGGCGCUGCAUGCGUUUGUACGUGAGCGGCUGCCCUUCCUCGUUGCAGAGUCCGCGAAUGUCUUGCCGGCUACGCCUUCGCCCGGGCGCACGGCGCACAGCGGCAGACCGGCGGGCGAGCCGUGGGGCGUCAAGCGCGCGCGUCCCACCAACCCGCUCGAGGACGACGCGGGUGGGGAAGCGAGCGCAAACGACGAGAGGCUUUGGAAGCGACAGAACAUGCAAACGAGAAAGGACAGGAAUCCCCUGGAUGAAGACGAUGAAAACGAAGCGGAUGUGCCCAAGGGGGACGAGGAGGGCGACGCAGGGGAGGCGAAGGCGGGCCCCCGAAGCGCCGAGGGCCUUCCGUUGGCGCCGAAUCCCUUUGAGGGCUUUUUAGCCACCAACCUGUCGCAGCAAAUCGAAAUUAUUUCCAGAACGAUUGACGCCAGGCUGAUGUCAUCGCGUCUCGCCAGUGAAGGACAGCCGCAGUCCCUCGAGGCCAAUGGACUCGGAGGCGAAGCAGGCGACACUCAAGCCCAGCCGCCCCUCGCACCAGAGGAGAGAGAAGAGAGAAAAAAGGCAGAAGAGAGAAACGAGAGGAAGGAGACGGGCGGUGGUUUGACUGCUUCAAGUCCGGCGGGCGCGGCGGCCGAUCUCUUCCCGUUCAUCUCGCUGGGCGCCUGCUGGGCUCAGCAGCGCCGUGAGCUGCUGUGCCUGAAGAAGGAGAUCGAGGAUGAAGACGCGAAGGACGGCGAGGGCGAGGGCGAUGGCGAGGACGACUGGCGCGGCGGGGCGCCGCAGGGAGGAGUCGCACGGCCCGAGGGCGCGCUGGAGCGCCUUGAGAGGAAGAAAGAAAGGAGCUGCUGGGUGUCGCUCCUCGAAGAAGCUGCGAACACGCCGCCGGGCGUCGUUCUGAAACUGACACCACGGCCCAGCUGCAUGCGCUUCCUCUUCCCUCCCGUGCCCUUCAAGUGUAUGGACAGCGCACGUCCGGCUCUCAGCGCCGGCGCAGCCGAAGCCGCACGCGGUGGCGGCGAGCGGGAGGAAGACCGAAGGAGACAACCCGCCAGCUGCAGAGAAGGCGUCUCCCGCGAAGAGAGACGAGCGUGCAGAGAGGAGAUUAACGCGGUUUUCUUCCGAGGCGCAAACACCGAGAAAACCUCCUCAAAGGUGACCCUGAAGGGGAGGGAAACCCACCUGUUCACGCGCCUCGCCUCCCACCCGGCGCUCUUUGACCUCCUCUUCGACCCUUUUCGAUCUUCAGGGGGCGCCACCAACUACGUGGCGGCUUCGCCUGGCUACCGCGCAGGGGCCUACGAGACUCGCUGGCCCGCCAACGCUGGGGCGUACGUACAUUUUGUCCUCAUGAAAAUCAACCGAGACACGUCGAAUGCACUGCAUAGCGUCGGUCGCGGACUCCGCAGACACCCGCAGAAGUCUCUUGCGGUGGCGGGCACCAAAGACAAACGCGGAAUCACCGUCCAGCGAUGCUCCAUUCUCAAGGUAUCACCGUCUGCCCUGCUGGCUGCCUGCUACCUUGACCACCCCGCGUGGGACGCGAACGUGCACAUCGCGCCGUUGGGUUACUUUUCGCGUCCGCAGCGGCUCGGCGGACUCCUGGGCAACUCGUUCCAAGUCGUCCUGCGGAACGUCCGCCUGCCCGGACCCGCCAGGCGCGGUCUCCGCGGCGCAGGCCCCUCCGGCGACUUGCCUGCCGCGCGUGUGGCGGUCGCCCUCGCCGAUCGCUGCCUGCCGUUGGCGCAGUGCGACGCGGCGAUUCAGGAGCUGGCUCGCCGCGUCGAGGCGGGCGUGGCGACAAUUUCCUCGCGGGGGUUUCUGAACUACUUUGGCCUGCAGCGUUUCGGCACGCACGCCGUGCGGACGUUCGAAGUUGGCGCGGCGCUGCUUCGCGGCGACUGGAAGGAGGCUGUGGCGCUCAUUCUGGGCAAGCGGGCGCGGCGGUGCCCCGCGAGGCACCUCCGGUUCUCGGCCGCUUGCCCCGCCGCGGCACCGGGACCGACCAGACAAGAGCAAGUAGGCGAACACGCAGGGUGGACAUUCGAAAGAGGCGAGGUUUCCCUGUGGGAUGUGCUCGAGAUGACAGACGACCCUCGCCUCGCGCUGGCGCGCGCCGCGCGGCACCAACACAUCGAGAGGUCUCUGCUGUCGUCGUUGCUGAUGUCAGCGCGGAAGGGAGAGAAAAGGCAGGCCGCGCGCGAGGCAGGCAACAGGCACGCGAGGGACGACGCGAUCGGGGACGCGGGAGAAAGAAAGCUGCCGCCUCGCGGGGAGGCAGACGGUCAGCAGGACUCGGGGGCUGACAAUGCUGAGGUGGAUAUGGGGGAAGGUGAGCAAAGGGAGUCCCGCGAGGGCAGGCGGAGCCGAGGCGACACAGAAAAGCAGGGAGAAAAGAGAGACAUGCACGUCAAAAUUUCGGCGGAACACGGCCCAGCAGACGGAAGCGACAAACCGUCGUCGCUGGACGCGCUGAGCCGUUUCGACGUGAAGGACUACUUCCGGGCGUUGCAAGAGAUUCCGCCGAACUCUCUGCAGCUGUAUGUGCACUCCGCACAAAGCGUCCUGUUCAACCAUGCUUGUAGCUGGCGAUGGCAAACCUUCGGCGACAAAGUGUGCGUAGGCGACAUUGUCCGUAUUCGCUCCAAAGAUGGUCACGCCGGGGGGCGGCGUGAGAAAACAGACACUAUGUGCGAAUCGGGUGAGGGGAUGGGGCGCUCGCGACGCCCCGAGCGGGGGGUCUGGGGCGGAGACCAGGGCGACGAGGAGAGCGACUGCGAAAUGGAUGAUUUUCGCCAGAGCGUAAGGGUGAUUGAGACAGAGGCCGAGGCUUGCAAGGCGUCGAUUUUCGACGUGGUCUUACCUAUGCCAGGCGCCGAUAUGACGUACCCGUCUCAGCUGGCGGCGGUGUACGCGCAGCUGGCGGUGGACCUGUUGGGAGUCUCUCUCGACGUCUUCAACACUUCAAAGGAAAGGCACGACUCCGACGUGGGUCGUUUCAGGGGACUGUCGAGGGACGCAGAACGUGGGCAACCCUGCAGAGGCGAGAGAAAGAGAGAGCGGGGGGGCAGACAGCGCUCGCGGUUCGAGGGCGUCUCACGCAGAGGGCGGGGAAGGGGACGGCAUGAAGACGGGCGACAAGGGUGGCAAGCAAGCAGUGCGGAUUCGGCGGGCGAGAAGGACGAGGACGGCGGCGAAGACUCGGAGGAUCCGCUCUCGCUUUCCGCUGCCACCGGCCUCUCGAUCUUAGGAGUGAAGUGCAGUGGCAGUUACAGACCUCUCCUCGAGCGCGCGAGGAACUGCCAGUGGCAGCUUCUUCAGGUCAGUGAGGAGGCGGUGCAGAAACCAGAGUCGGUGCUCCUCUCGGAUGUCGACCUCCUUCUACGAAAGCAACGCGAUAUGGCGUCCGGAUCAGCUGAGAGACACGCGAGAACCCUAGAACAGAAACAGCAAGACACGCUCGAGGGUCGCUGCGGACAAAUCAAAGACGCGGAAGAGACGAGUGCAGUGCAGGGCCGAGACGGAAGAAGCGAAAACACAGAGACCGGACCAUUCCGAUCGACAGCUGGGGCCGAAGAUUUGCGAGUGUCCUGGGAUGAGCCCCUCGACCCCGCGCAGGUCAGAUGUAUGUUCUCCGGGGGCCCUGCGCAGGCCCAGGGUGGCCCCAGGGAGACAGAGGCGCAGCACACGAAGGGUGCCUCCGCUUCCGAGGCCGACCGGAGGGGGCAUCUAUUUGUUGCAGGCGAAACGAGCAACAUCUGCCUGCUGCUGAGACUUCGGCUGACCCCGGGCACGUAUUUCACCAUGGCUCUUCGGGAGCUCAUGAAGUCAAACGCCCCAGACGAUGACGAGCUUGCCCACGCUGCGGCACGGACAGUUGUCUCUCCCGAUUUUCUUGAGAAAGACACCUACAGCUCAGUGCAAGGUCUAUCUGCUUAG